AUGCCGGCCAACAAGCAAAGACCGCCAUUCCGUGCCGAGCACUUGGGGAGUCUGCUUCGCCCGAAAGAGCUGGUUGAGAAGCGCAUUCAGCUUGACGAUAAGAAGGCAGUCGAUAUCGUUAAAGAUGCGGAACUCCACGCCCUCGAAGACAAGUCCAUCAAUGAAAUCGUCAAGCUCCAACUGGAUCUUGGAUUCCACGCCAUCAACGAUGGCGAGUACCGCCGUCAUCAGUUCUGGGGAACCUUCUUCCCCAACCUCGACGGAUUCGAGGAGAUCAUAAACCCGUCAUGGGAUAUAUUCCGGAUGUACGUGCCGGAUACUGCCGCAUUCACCGAGACGGGCCACAAGCCGGGUGAAACGAUCGUAUGUGUCGGCAAGAUCAAGCAUGCUGGAAGUGCCUACCUAUCCGACUGGAACUACCUCAAGAAAUUAGUUCCCGCCGAAAAAGUAAAGGAGCUGAAGAUAACGCUGGCCGCCCCCGAAUGGUAUCAUCUGAGAUACAAGAAGGGCAGGGCAUAUCCAAAGGAGGUGUAUGCCAACGACGCCGAGUACUUCGCUGAUAUUGCUAAAGCCUACCAAACAGAAUUGCAGCUCCUGUAUGACAACGGUUGUCGGAACGUCACCAUUGAUGACCCAAAUUUGGCUUACUUCUGCGAUGAGAAAAUGCUUGCUGGAUUCAAGGCAGACGGCGAGGAUUCCGAUGCUCUCCUUGAUUCGUACAUCAAGCUGUACAAUGACUGCGUAUCGUCGCGCCCGGCUGACAUGCACUUGGGAAUUCACCUCUGCCGAGGGAACUUCGCCAAUAGCAGACAUUUCUCAGAGGGUGGAUAUGAUCGAAUCGCCACUAAGCUCUUUAACAACAUUGACGCCGACACGUACUUCCUCGAGUACGACACAGAACGAGCAGGAAACUUCGAGCCGCUGAAGGAAUUACCUCCACACAAGAAUGUCGUCCUAGGUGUCAUCACUAGCAAGUUCCCCGAGCUCGAGGACCUUGAGGAGAUGCGCGGCAGAGUUUUUCAAGCUGCUGAUAUAAUUGCGAAAGGAGCCGGCCAGACGCGCGAGGAAGCUCUCAAGAGACUCGGCGUCAGCCCUCAGUGUGGAUUUGCUAGCCAUCAUCUUGGCAAUGCUGUAACGCACGAUGACAUGGUCGCCAAACUGAAGUUGGUGAGAAAACUCGCGGACUCGAUUUGGCCGGGAGAGCCUUAG